CUUAGUUUCAAAUUUCAAAAACCAACCGCCUUAAGCCCCCUCUCUAGCUCUCUCAGUUUUCUCCAGAAACUCAACAACAAUGGUUGUUGCACAGAAAGUGAAAGAAGCGCAGAUCACCGAGCAAGAUUCUCUUCUUCUGACAAGGAACCUGCUUCGUAUUGCUAUAUUCAAUAUCAGUUACAUUAGAGGCUUGUUUCCAGAGAAGUAUUUCAAUGAUAAGUCUGUCCCUGCUUUAGAGAUGAAGAUUAAGAAGUUGAUGCCCAUGGAUGCUGAGUCUCGUAGACUGAUUGAUUGGAUGGAGAAAGGUGUCUAUGAUGCAUUACAGAAAAAAUACCUAAAGACACUUCUAUUCUGUGUGUGCGAGACUAUAGAGGGCCCGAUGAUCGAGGAGUACACAUUUUCCUUCAGUUAUUCUGAUUCUGAGAGUCAAGAGGUUUCAAUGAAUAUCAAUCGCACUGGAAACAAGAAACAAGGAGGAACAUUCAAGUAUAACUCCACAAAUGAAAUUACUCCCAAUCAGAUGAGAAGUUCUGCUUGUAAAAUGGUCCGAACACUGGUUCAGUUGAUGAGAACUCUGGAUAAGAUGCCUGAAGAGCGGGCUAUAUUGAUGAAGCUCGUCUACUAUGAUGAUGUGACGCCAGCAGAUUAUGAGCCUCCAUUCUUCAGGGGCUGCACAGAAGAAGAAGCCCAUAAUGCAUGGACUAAGCAUCCUUUGCAAAUGGAGGUUGGCAAUGUCAACAGCAAGCAUUUUGUAUUAGCACUCAAGGUGAAGAGUGUGCUUGAUCCAUGCGAGGAUGAAAAUGAUGAUAUGGAGGAUGAUGAAGUGAGCUUAGGUGCUGAUUCUGUAGAAAGGGAUGGUUAUUCUGAAUCUGGCACUGAGGUUAACCAAUCACAAGAAGACCAAUACAUAGUUGCACCAGUAGACAAGCAACGUCCAGAGGAAGACUGUGGCCUGGUUGAUGAAGAUGAUACACAGGACCAAGUGGAAGAUGAACAACAAUUGGCCAGGGUGAAAGACUGGAUUAUAAGCCACCAUCUUGAUACCAUUGAACUUACUGACGUUCUCUCUAAUUUUCCAGAUAUCUCAGUGGUUUUGAUUGAAGAAAUUAUGGGCAAACUCAUUGAGGAAGGUGUUUUAUCGAAAAUUGGAACAGAUACUUACAGCAAAAUCAAGCAGAAGGCCUUCGAGUAUGAGUUCACUGCGGUGAAAGAGGAAAUUGAUGGAGACAAAGCUCCUCAGGCUGAAGAUCGCAUGUACAUGAAGGCUUUGUAUCAUGUGCUUCCAAUGGAAUACGUGACAAUUUCAAAGCUACAGAACAAGCUAGCCGGAGAAGCCAAUCAGAGUACUGCGCGCAAAUUACUUGAAAAAAUGAUCCGAGACGGGUAUGUUGAAGCCAAAGGAAACCGAGGGCUAGGCAAGCGUGUCAUUCAUUCCAGCCUAACUGAAACGAAGCUUAUGGAAGUCAGGAGAGCCUUGGGCAAUGAUGCUAUGGACAUUGAUACUAAUCAACCAUAUAAAAAAUCCAACCAUCCAGAAUCCCAGAAAAUGGGGAAUGACUACAAGGAUGGCUCAACAUGUGGUGUUCUCCACUCCAUCGGUUCAGAUCUUACACGCAUGGUGAUCAGAUCAGAAAUGAAUCAGAAUGGAUCAGCUAGGUGUGAUCAGACUAUCUCAAAGACAAGGGACCAUGGAAACACUCCUACAAGCAGGGCUGAGCCUGUUGCUUCAAGAGAGAGUUUUUUUCCAGGAAAGGAGAAUGUCAGAGCAAAUGGAAACACAAAUUACCUUGACGAGGCAGAUACAGUUAUCUGCAGCAGAUCCUCUCAAGAUAAGCGGUCCAGAAAGACGAGCACGGUCAAGGAGCCUAUUGUUCAGUGCACGAAGCGCCAGAAAUCUCAAGUUGUCUGAAAGGCUUCGAGAGUUUGGAGUCACCAAAUUUACUCUCCACUCCUUCAGAAUAGUAGUAACUUUUUCUCAAGGCCACAGCACAAAUGAUGAAAACAACAACUUACAGUUUACAUAUAUCUCUAUAAUGUUUAAUAUGAUAACGGUGGAUGCUUUUGCCCGUUACAUUUGUACUUUACGGGCUUAUAAAAUAAUGAAUGAACAAUAUACUUCCUGGUGGAUGCUUUUGCCCACA